AUGACGUCGCUGAAUAGUGAACAGUCGACGAAAUUAAAGUUUAGUGUUGAUAGUAUAUUAGGGAAUAAUGAAAGUACCCAAGUGUCAGAGGCUAGGCCGCAAGAGCCUCCGUGUUCAGGAUGUGUGGCGGCCCUUUACAGGUGUUGCAGAGACGAGCCGUUGCUUCAACUGCAAUUGCCCCUACCAUAUGCACACUUGCAUCCAGCUUUAAGACCGACUUCAGUUUACCGGUUACCACUUCCUUCGCCUCCACAUUCCUCUACACCCCGAUGUGACGUCACCUCCACGGGCAAAAGAAAACGAUCAUGGUCCCGCGCUGUGUUCAGCAAUCUUCAGAGAAAAGGACUUGAGAGGAGAUUUCAAAUACAAAAAUAUAUAACAAAGCCAGAUAGGCGACAGUUAGCAGCUACUCUUGGAUUAACUGAUGCUCAGGUAAAAGUGUGGUUUCAAAACCGGCGUAUGAAAUGGCGACAUACGAAAGAAGGUCGUGCGGGCCUUAACUCUGUGGGCAGCGGGCGAGAUCCAGAUUCCACAGCUCAGGAGGACAAUGAAGAUAUCGAUGUAGAUACUCUUAGUGAUUAG